AUGCCGCCCUCUCUCGUGCCCUUUAACCCAGAGGCAUGGGUCACCGUCCGCACAACCCUGCCUACCCUGCCGCAAAGUAUAUUUCGCGCACAAGUCACCACCCAACGACUUAUACUGCGGCCGUUCACUCCCUCCGACCUCGAUGCCUUGUACACGCUCCGCCAGCAGCCGGAGGUGAUGCAAUGGACGACGGCUGGGCGGGUCGACGCCGAUAGGGCAGAAACAGCAGACAAGCUCGCACUCUUCCUGCCGCCCAACGACACCAAGACUUUCAACUGUGCCAUUUGCCUAAGGGAGACGGGCGAAGUGAUAGGCCAGGGAGGCGUGCAUCACUUUGAGCAGCCGGCCGACGCCGCCGCCGGGCCCCAACUUGGCUGGCCUGAAAUAGGAUACUUGAUCCGGAAGGAGCACUGGGGCAAGGGAAUAGCUACGGAGUUCUUGACGGCGUUCUUGGAUAUGUGGACGAAACUACCCCGGGAAGGGCUUGUCGUGCGGCAGGUGACGGCCAGCUCGGCGGAGAGCCUGAGCGGGGCCAAGAUGGUGGAUGAACAGCUCGUAGCAGUCAUUGAUAAAACGAACGGUGCGAGCCAGAGGAUAUUGGAGAGGUGCGGGUUUGAGGAAUUUCUGACGUUGAAGGAAGUCGACAUCCGUGACCCCGACAAAAUGAUUGAUCUGGUCGCUUACAGGUACUUUCCCAAACACCGGGAGGGGAUCUUGCCAAGCACCGGCGCAGCGGGCGAGGAUCCAUAUGUGUAA